AUGUUAACCACAGAGAAGAAGGAUACAAAAAAAAUAUAUGCUUUUGAUAGUAAGCCAAAUGUCAAAAACGCAAAUUAUUUUCAGGAUUUCUUACAUUUGAAGACUGAUGUCGAUUUUGUCCUAUAUGUCUAUGCCAAGUGGGAUACGGACUCCAACAACCUGAUAACCGUUUUCCGCGAAGUUGCAAGAAUAAUCGCGGAAAAUAAAAUAAAAAUUGAUUUUUACGCCUUCAACAUUGAUAAUGCCAAGGAGUUGUGCAAUUUUAUGAAUAUCAAAACCCUUCCAGUUAUACUAUACGUCUCAUCUGUGCAUAAAAAGAAAUACAACUCCCUCCUUUACAAAGCUUUGAGCUCGAGCAAGGAUGUGAAAAUAAGCAACGCCUUCAGGUAA